GCAGAGCUCUUAUUUUUGUGAUCUUCAGGGGGAACUGAAAUAUUCUCUGCUGACUUUUUCUAUGUUCAGAUUUUUCAUUGCUCAUUUUGGAAAAGGGAAGCCCUCAUUGGGGUCAAAUUCAUAGGUUUUUCUGUAAAUGAAGCAUUUUUUUUUUUCUUUCUCAAACCCCAUUGGCAACUGACUUCUACGUGAGAUGGAAAGGCAGUAUGAUGAAAAAGGAAAUUCCCAAAGAGGACUGAGAGGCUUAUAUUUAGGAAGAAAUAUUUUUCUCAGUGAUAGACUCUUGGAUGCUCACAGGAGAUUGAAAGGGCCUUCAGACUGCAGGAUAAAUGCUACAGCUUCUGAACAAGCCCCCGCUCCACCACGGCCAUACCAGGGCGUCCGUGUGAAGGAGCCAGUGAAGGAACUGCUGAGGAGGAAGCGUGGCCAUGCCAGCAGCGGGGCAGCCGUGGCACCUACUGCGGUGGUGCUGCCCCAUCAGCCCCUGGCGACCUACACCACAGUGGGUCCUUCCUGCCUUGACAUGGAGGUCUCUGCUUCCACAGUGACAGAAGAGGGGGCCCUGUGUGCUGGCUGGCUCUCCCAACCUGCCCCAGCCACCCUCCAGCCCUUGGCUCCAUGGACGCCCUACACGGAGUAUGUGCCCCAUGAAGCUGUCAGUUGCCCCUACUCAGCCGACAUGUAUGUGCAGCCCGUGUGCCCCAGCUACACGGUUGUGGGGCCCUCCUCAGUGCUGACCUAUGCCUCCCCGCCACUCAUCACUAAUGUCACGACGAGAAGUGCCGCCACUCCCACGGUGGGGCCCCAGCUGGAGGGCCCAGAGCACCAAGCACCCCUUACCUACUUCCCGUGGCCUCAGCCCCUUUCCACGCUGCCCACCUCCACCCUGCAGUACCAGCCUCCUGCCCCAGCCCUGCCUGGGCCCCAGUUUGUCCAGCUUCCCAUCUCCAUCCCCGAACCAGUCCUUCAGGACAUGGAAGACCCCAGGAGAGCCAUCAAUUCCCUGACCAUUGACAAGCUGCUUUUGGAGGAAGAAGAUAGUGAUGCCUACGCACUCAACCACACUCUCUCCGUGGAAGGCUUCUAGGGUCGGCUUGCAUCUGAAAGCAUAUUCCCCCAAACUGGGAAUUACAAACAAGCCUGUUUGAAAUAGCCAUUUUAUAAAUAUAUCUUUUACCCAAAACUAAAAUUUUAGCUCGAUCCUUCUUUCCUUCCUUCCUUCCUUCCUUCCUUCCUUCCUUCCUUCCUUCCUUUCUUCCUUCCUUCCGUCCGUCCGUCCGUCAUCCCUCUCUUCGUUCCUUCCUCCCUCUCUUUCUUCUCCUCUUCUCUAUUAUAUUUUUCUUUUUUCAGUUCAGUUCCCUUCUGGGAGAAAUUAUAGGAAUUUUAGAGACUAUUUCAUGUCAAGUGUUACAUGUGACUCAGGUGCUCUUUCCACAUUUUCUGCCAUGUCUUCUUCCUUGGAAGAAGCCCUUUCUUCCCAGUGCUCACUGCUUCUGGGAGCAGUAGUCCUACUGAACUGUCUCAGAGCCAGUUAUACCUUUGUCGCUUUGAGAUGUAUGGGGUGCCCCAUGGGCAGACCCACCUGCCAGCACCUCCCAAGAGAGGCAGCCAAGGGCAGACCCAGUGCCAGAGUCCUUGAGCUGUCAGUUCCCACAGUCACUCCUUUGUUUGCUCUUCUCAGCGUUGGCCAGAUUUACUAGGCUUACAGACUCUCAAGGCCUGAGGCUGAGAGUAGUGAUGUGUGUGUGUGUGUGUUGGGGGGAAGAACACCAGGGAGAGUAGGGGCAGGUCAGUAACAGGAGGGAGAGGAAAGAGAAGGGAUGGGAACGUUGUAUGUUUGUGGUUGGAGAACAGUGCGGGGAGGGAGAGAUUGGGUUUUACGAGGAGAGGACGAAGGCUGAAGAAUGAUUUAGCUCCAAAUUAUUUGAUUAUUAAGAAGGACAACACACUUAAAAAAAUUGCUUUAAUAGUUAGUUUUGCAGCUCUCCUGGAGGAUACUUGCAAAGGAGGCUGCGCAUAUGAGAACAGAAUGAGUGUCCUGUCUGGCUUUGUUAGUCCCACCUCCAGACCCUCUGUUAACAUGAGUGA